AACUUACUUCGCAGCCCUGAAAACCACAAAUAUGCCGGAAAAUUUAGGGAAUUUCGGCCCUCGAUCUUCUGGCAACACCGGCUGGAAAAUAAAAAUGGCUACCACUGUGUGCUUGUUAUUGUUCGUGGAAAUUUAAUAAUUACGAAGUUUUUUGUACAAAAUAAACAGGAUAAACGCCUCGUUGCAACGCCAAUUGACGUCUGAAAAGCAAGCGCGAAUCUUUCGACAGCAAUCAGUGCGUUUAUCGAGUGCCCGCACACAAUCGAACCGUGUGAAAUUAAGCCCCCGAAAAUCGGUUGCCCGAAUGCGUGAAAAUUUUCGAGUUCCGCUAAACAGGCAUUACUAUUUGGCCAGCAAAUGUGAAAUGGAGAACAGUGGGGGCCCAAAUGCAUACAGUUUGCCCUAAACAGUAAUUGAAAAGCGGGCAGGCAAGAUUCCCAGCAGGAAAAGCGCUUGAAAAGUGACGCAGGAAAAUCCGUAUCCGCGCCCCGCACGUGUGUGAGUGUGUGUGUUGCAGUGCAUGUGUGUGUGUGUUGGUGAGGCUACUACUAAAAAAAAAGUCAUAAGCAAAGGGGAGAAGAAAAAAAAUAAUAGUGGAAAAUGCCCAAAAACCAAGUCGCAGAGGUUAAAAACUGAAUGCGGAAUACAUCGAAAGACAAUAAACCGAAGCCAUCGAGUGUUAUGCCUAAAAUGCAAUUGGUUCAACAAUUCCAAUCCAAAGGACGCCACGGCGGUCAAUCGAAAGCUAAAUGCGAGAAUUGAGCAGCGUUCUACCAAUUAAACCUACGACGCGUGCGAUUGUCGUGUGAUGAUAUGCCACUUAAACAGCAGCUUGAACCGUCACUGGUGCGGAUAUUGGUCUCGCUACCCUGGGACGCAGCACAACGGCUGCGCCAGCUGGCCAACGAUGGAAAUCCGGAGCUGCGCGCCCUCAACAUUCAGUCCGUGCAAUUCGAGGGCGAUUCUGUGAUAAAUUUAAAAGUUGGUGGACAAGAUAUUAAGAUAACCAAGGAUAAUGUAAACGAGACACUUGAGGCGGCUGGCUCGCUUUCCGGCAACAAAAGUGGUCUGCUGGCCACGGGAUUCGAUGGCCCCAGUACGAGCAAGGCGGCUUCCGCCUUUAUGCAACAGCAGCAGCAGAGAAUCCUGCAACAGCCCCAAAACGAUGCAAUCUCACUCCAGCAAAGAAGAGCGGCGGCGGCGGGCCUUGGACUUCAGAAGAUGCCCCUCCAGACCACGCAGCAGCAGCAACAACAGCAGCAGCAGCAGGUGGCCGUGACACCCGCCGUCUUCAAAUCCCCCAAUACCGUGUGCCCCAUGGAGGGCAAGGUGCCGUUGCUGCUACCAUCUCCCUCCACCACGCGGGACUUUCCCUUCGAGAGCAUGCGUCAGGCGAGAGUGCUGCAAGGUCGAGAGGCGGGCGGCCUGGGUCCGCCCCUACCGCCACCUCCUCCGCCAAAUGUAACACUAAAGGUGCUGAAGACGCAAACGCAGCAGGCACCUCAGAAUGGCGAGCUGACACCCACAACGCCAACGCCAGCUGCACCAACGCCGCCCGGCAGCAAAUCUCAGUUCAUCCAGCCACCACCGCCGCCAUAUCCGGGUUUGGGUGCUGCCACGGCCAGCAGCGUCAGUUCACCCAUUGCCAUAGCGGGCGCUAGUGCCAAGCCAGCCAUUGUGACGGCACCCAGCCAGCUGAACCAUCCGCUUGGGCAUCCGCCGCUGCCUACGGCGACGUCGACGGGCAGCAACAACAUUGCCAUAUCGUCGCCGCUGCUUGUGAAUCUGCUGCAGAACGACGGCAAUGGCAUGUCGAAUCCGAACCAGCUCAAGUCGCCCCAACAGCAGCAGCAGCAGUCGCCGCUGAUUGGAAUGAGCCCCAGUGGAGCGCAGAUGAUGAACUCCCCUAUGCGAUCCUCCGGUCCUGCGACGCCCAGCGAUUUUCUCAUGGGUGACGUACUGAGUCCGGUGGUGCCUUCCUCACCCACAACGCCCCAGGCGGCGGCUCCUCCCUGCCCGCCGCCCGUGGUGAUGCGGAAUCUGCAGCAGCAGCAACAACAACAUCAGCAGGCCAUGCUCAGUCCCAGCGGCAAUGGCAAUCUUUUGUAUACUCAGCAACAGCAGCAGGGUCAGCAGCAGCAACCACAACAACAGCAGCAAGGACCACCAAUUCGCUUUCAACAGCAACAUCAGCAAAUGUCGCCACAGGCUGUGGCCCUGCGACAGCAGCAACUUCAGCGCCAACAGCAGAUGCGAUUCAUGCAACCGCAGCAGCAAUUACAGGGCCAGCAGCAACCACAGCAACAGUAUCAGCCUGCGCCCGAUUGCUUCAACAACAUGGGCAUGAGUCCCAUGCAACAGCAACAGAUAAGACAUCAACUGAGACCCGGCGGACUGCCGCUGGCUCCUCCGCCGCCUCAUCCGCAACAGCAACAGCAGCGGCUCAUGGGCCUGUCCAUGCCGCAAGCGUCACCCCAACAGCAAUUCAUGAGCGGAGCCUCGCCCCUUGGACCCGCCCUCUCGCCCGCCUCCAGUCACCAUUCGAUGCACAGUCCGCUGAUGUCCAAUCAUCAGGCGCAGCAGCAGCCGCAGAUGGUGUCGCCUGCGGCAACACCUGGACCUACUGCUCCCAGCGAAAUGGCUGUACAAAUCAUGCCAGCCAAUCAACACGUACCUGCAGCUCCACCACCAGAUUACAAUCAGGCGGCAGCCAACUCUCGCUGGCCGCUGGCCGGGAUCAAUAAGCCGAUGGACUCGGCCACCAAGAGUAGUUUUCAGGAAUUCACGCGUUACCAGAUGCAGUACAAUCUUCAGCAACAGCAGCAGCAAGUCAGCCUGCCGGGACAGCCGCAACAGCAGCAGCAGCAGCCACAACAGCAACAGUUGCCGCCUCCUGCGCUGCCGACGCAGCAACAACAAAGUCAGGUUCAACAGCCACAGGUUGCAGGUCAGGCUCCUGGUCAGGUCGAUUCUUUAAUAUCGCUUUCCGUGCUCGAUGCCCUGACCACAAACGAUUUGGACGCCCUGUUGCCCACUUUGAACUGUGAUCUGGACUCCACACUCAGUUUGGAAGAUAAGAACGAGCUAGAAUCUCUGCUGCAAGACGCCAAGGAUCUGGACUUGGAUCUGAUCGAGGACAAUCUAUCGGCGGUUGACAUGAGAGACGCUCUCAACACGUUGCAAGAAGCGCCACUGGAACAGCAGCAGCAGCAACAACAACAGGCGCCGUUGCAGCCUCAACAGCAGACGCCGCAAAUGAUGCAAAUGCCCUACCAGCAGCAACCACAGCAGCAACAACAGUUGCAGCAACAAUUGAUCAUGCAACAACAUCAGAGGCAGCAGCAAUUGCCGCAGAUGCAACAGCGCCAGCAGCAGCAACAGGUGCAGCGACAACUGCAACUGCAGCAGCAGCAACAACAACAGCUGCAGAUGGUUCAACGCCAGCAGCAGCAACAGCAGUCCCAAUUGCAAGUCCAGCAUCCGCAGCAGCCACAGCGACCUCCCCAGAAGCAAUUUAUCAUUAAUCCACAUACCGGCGAUAUGGAACCUAUGGCCAGCGACGAUAGCGAGACUGAGGCUGAAGAGGAAACUGGCCAGGCGCAAUUCCGCAACAGCCACAGUGGAUUAGGCAGUUUCAAUUUCAACCCCGCCAACGAUAUGGUUCUGCCCAGCAAUCUGUUUUCCGAGGAGGACUCCAAUUCCGCGCAGCAGCAUCCCAUGGGUAUAAGUAGUGAUCAAGAAAGAUCGCGCGAUUCCCUGGCAUCGAACAAAUCAGCCACCAGCAGGGCUAGAAAAACGCCGGUGUCGAAGGCGAACCAUAGCAAUUUCGGUGCGGGUGAUAAUUCGCCACGAUCCAGCAAUAGUUCGCCGUUGAUUGGUUUGAACUCGCCCCAAUCGGUGACAGCCAAUGCAGGUGGAGCGCCCAGCAAGAAGGCCAAGCCAAAUCUGCUGCGCGGCAAGCUGCAACAGGGAGUCAAGGAGCGCAAAGCCAAGGAUCCCACGGCCGCGCCAAAACAGAAGAGAGAACGGGCGAAGGGCAAUGCCAAGACGAAGGCGGCCGAGGAGAAGAUAAAGCUGCGACUGAAACUGGAGAAGGUGGAGACUACGCCGGCAGCGGGAGCCGGCUACGAGGGACAGAUUAUUAUCAACCAGCAGCCACAGCAGCAGCAGACCAUUGUGGUGAAUAAUCACAUGCAACAGUUGCCCAUGCAGACGCAACUGUUGGCUCUGCCGACACAACAACAACCACAACAGCAGCAGCAGCAGCCACAAAUGCAGCAAACUCAAAUGCAGAUAACCCAACAGCAACAUCAGCAGCAGCAACAACCUUCUCAGCUUCAGCAACAGCAACAACCUACUCCGCUCCAGCAACAACAGCCACAACAGCAGCAGCCGCUUCAACAGCAACAACAACAACACCAUCCGGUCUAUAGCAACUUUCAACAACAACAACAGCAGCAGCAAAAUGUCCCGGGGCCCAAUGAACCACGUGUUCCUCCACUGCAGAUCCGUUUGCGUGGAAAGAACCAUGUGGUGGUCAAGAACACGCGAAAGGAUCGAAAGAAGGUCCAGAACCAGGAGGCCGGUGCUGAUGAGCGCCAACUGAAGCGCAGCUACAGCGAUCAGCCACCGCAGCAAUUGCUUAUGGACCCAGCAGAAAACAAGCAAGCCAAGCUCACGCCACCGCCCCAUGUCAACGGAUUGCCCAUACUGAUCCAGAAGACGACGGCGACAGUGGCGCCACCACAAUUGCCACAACAACUGCAAGCCGGAGUAGCCACAACCACAAAGACCACCACCAUUGUGGCGGGCAAGAAUGGUCUAACGAUCAGUGCCAUUGUGGAGGCGCACAAGGCCCAGGCUCAAGCGCAGGCCCAAUCCCUCAGUGAUCCACAGCUGAUAGUGGGUUCCACCAACACAGGAACAACGCCUACGUCCACCACCCUGCAGCAGCAGCAGCUGAGCAAGAUAGCCACCUCGUUGCCCAGCAGCAUUACACUAAGUGCCAUCAACAGCAACAAUAACAACAACAAUGUGAACAGCGGGAAUAACAACAAUCGGCUGUUGACGAUAAAGAAUCCGAUUAAGACUGCCGCCACCAUAACACCCAUUGUGGGUGGCAAGCCGAUGACAAAAAACCAUAAGCCGCCGCCAUACAUCACAGCCGUGCAACAGCUGCAGCUGCAGAAGCAACAACAGCAGCAGCAACAACAGCAGCAACAGCAGCAGCAACAACAGCAGCAGCAACAGCAGCGACAACUGGCGGCGGCCGUAACCAUGUUGCCCAGUGCGACGACCCUGAAGCGUGUGGAGAUAACAAAGGUCACACCGCAGGUCACGGCAGAGCAGGCUCCUAGCAUAAACCCAUCCCCAGUAGCCGUAGCAGCAGCAGCCACAGCAACACUAGCGACAUCGUCGACGCCCACUACGCAAACAACUCAGCUGAUCUGUGAUAGAAAGUUGCCAGUGGCCAUGCCACCGAUGACCACGGUCAAUAACGUGGUGGUGGCCACAGUGAACUCCUCUUCCGCCACCCUGUCGACCUUAUCCUCCGUAUCAACGGCCUCCUCCGCAUCCAUAAUCACCACCUCUACCUCAUCGCCGGCUGCGUUGCCCAGCACGUUGCGCAACUCACCCGCCAGCAAUGGAAGUGGGACACCCGGUCACGGAAACAAUGGCGGCGGCGAGGACAGCGGCAUUGAGUCCAUGGACGCCCUGUCCGAAAAGAGUCCUCAUCAACUCUCGUCCAGCAGUCCAAUCCAAGUGAGCAAGGCGGCGGUGACGAUGGUGCAGCAGCAGCAGCAACAGACGAGCGCAGUCGCCACAACCACAUCCGCGGCGGUGAUAGCACCAGUGAUCACUCCCAGCUCAACGCCAGCAGGAACAACGACAGCUGUAGCGACAUCAUUAACCGUAUCCAGUUCCCUGCAACAGCAGCAAAAGCAGCAGGCUGACGAUGAGAUCGAGAAGGCUCUGGCGAAGAUGGAGGGUGACUUUCCCGAUGAUCUCGAGGACAUUGUUUCAUCGAUGAUCAAGGAGACAAGCGAAUGUGCCAGUGCUGCGGGUGGUAGUUUCCUGAAUAGCCUGGAGAGCUCACUGCCAGCAGCGACAGUUGCAACCGUUGUGACCACAGCCUCCACGAACACCAGUAGCAUAGGUAGCAUCAAGUUGAACGGCGAACAUCAUAUACUCGAACACGAUGAUCUCAUCAAGAAACUCACAGAGAGCAAGCCACCGACGAUCAAGGUGAAGCUGGACGAGAUGCCACCGCUGCUUACAAUUAAGAAGGAGCCGGCGAUUAAACCGAUAGCCAGCGCCCUUAAAGUGGAAGCCAAAGUGGUGGAGGUAAAGGUGGAACCGAAAGUCGAGCCCAAGUCGGAGGAGAAGUUGCAGGAAAAGGCUCAGAGCGAGGCUUCUUCAGCAUCACUGCAACCCAUUUCUAUUGAAAUACCUGCUCAGGUAGACGGUGAGACGCCGAGAAUAAGGACGCGGGCCAGCAGUCGCCUGGAGAGUCCCCUGGAUGCGCCAAAAGCAAGUCCUGAUCCCACAACUGUCACGGGAGUUCCAGCCCCAGCGGCAAGUGCAGCCAACACGCCUACCACCGUCAAGAGUCUAUCCCGCGCCUCCUCCACCGCCAGUCCUCGCGUGGUCACACCAACUCCCAACCACAACAACAAUAACAACAAGCGAAGGCGCCAGGAAUCCGAGUGUGGCAGCAGUAACGAUGGUGCCGACUUGGGCGAGAACAACAUAAAGCGGCCGAGGGUGAGCACCGGCACCUCCAAUAACAACGCAGCAGAAACAGCUGCAGAUCACAAUGCCGGCGCGGGAUUGCCGAAGAAGGUUGAAAUCGAGUCCUCCGAUUCUGAUGAGCCGCUGAUCGAGGUGGCCGGCAAGGUGCGCAACUCCAAACAAGCCCAGGUCGAAGCUGCCGAUGCCGCAGCAGCAGCAGGAGUAGAGAAGCACGUGACGCGACGAAAUGCACAGCAGCUACAACCACCGCAGAACAAAACGGUCGGCAACCAUGCUCCCUCUUCCGCACCUGCCCUUGGAACACCGCGAUCGGGAAAAGCUCAAGCGCCAGUUGGUCCCACCACCGCUGCGAACAACAAUCACAACAGCAGCACACCCAACAAUCCCAGUGCUGUGCCCGCCUCAGCGGCCACGCCAACAAUGCCAGGCGGUGCUGUGGUGACCACCAGCCAAGUUAACAGCGGCACGAGUGUGGUGCAUGCAACACGGGGAGCCACCGCAGCGGCUGCCAGCACCACCAAUAACAACUCGGCCAGCUCGCCCACGGACGAGAAGAUCGGCACCCGGAGAAGCGUGCGAGCCAGUGCGGCAGCCAACAAGAUCAUCUAUAGUCGCAGCAAUGCAGCCGCAGCUGCUGCAGCAGCCGCCGCCGCGGCAGAGCCGAAGGGAACACCUGGCAAGGCGGGAGCAGCAGUUGGUGCCAACAGUGCCGGCAGUGUGGAAAGUGUCGCGGAAGCCAGGCGAAAGACCCGCAGUGCAGUCAUUGGCGAGUCCAUGUUGACCGAGGGACGCCGGAGAAGAACGUCGCGUGAUUACAAGUGACCAGAGUUUUGCGCCUUGGCUAAAGGCUUAAACCAUCCGAGCGAUGCACACGAAGACGAUCUGCUGGAGCUAUUCGAAGACUUUGAGCAGCAACAGCAGCCGCAUCAGCAGCAGCAGCAACAGCUGGAGAUCAGCAGCAGCAGCUUUCCUUUAGCCCAGGCGCAGGACGAGGACGGUGAUGAGAUGGCCGAAUAUGAGAAUCUGGCGCGAGCAGCCGGCGGUUACAUGGAGGAGGCCGAUCAUUUGCUGUCUUACCACAGUAGCAGCAGUGCCGCGGACGUUGAGGUGGAUGAGGUGCUGAUGCCGGAGUUGGCCAACGCCACGGCCCUAGACUGCGCCAGCUUUGUCGACUACGAUGAGUUUAACCUGUGCCUGAACAACAUCCUCAGCGAGGAGGACGACAGUGAUAGUGCACGAGGAGGAGGCGUCAGCGGCAUGGCGACUAAACACCAACAGGCAUGGCGCGACGCCGGCGACGUGCUCAACAUCGUACAGCUCAGCAACGAUCUGGGAUUGAGUUUUCAAGAGUUCGCCAGUGAGGCGACAACGGCGGAUGAGCAGCGCUCCGCCAGCAGCAGCUCACCGCAGCUGGCGUAGUGAAGUAGGAUUACGGACGGCUACUUGUAUAUAUCACACGCACUGAUACCGAACGCUUACGUUUGUAGUUCUUAGUCCUAGUUUCCGUUGAGGAUUAUUUUGUAUAGUUAGUGGUAGCCAAAAGUUGCAAUAAUGUUGCGUCUCAUAGCGAGCAACAUCACACCCAGACACACUCUCUCACACACACAUACACAUACACACAUGCACACACACAAACACACCCAUACAUACAACGCAAACGGACGGUUGCAAGCGCCGAUUUACGCCUUUGUUUACACUUUGUUUUCCGCCUCCUCAGUCCGAGCUUAUCCGCCGCCACCGCCCUCAUCUGGCACUGCUAUUACUCCCCAAAAAUGCACCCAUUGGAAAUGAUUUGCUAGUCAUGUGAAACAGGCAAUUUAAUGUAUAGCUCAGAAGAUGAAAUUUGAACAAAUUAGUUGAGUAACUUAUUCGAGAAGCUCCCGUAAACACUAACAUAGUAUAGUUGGCCGAAACUGCAAAACAUCUACAAACUCUCACGCAUGCAUAGUUUUAUUUGAAAUUUGAAACAAACAAGAGAAAUCUUAUUUCCAUGGACCGCUCUGUAAAUAUUUGAAUACUUCACGAUGCAACAUGAACACAUUUCUAGGUUUAGGUUGUCCUACUUUUAAGCGCUGCGCCCAGUCGAAAGUCUAUAAGAAGCUGAUCCGUUGGAUCGAGCAGAUCAGAGCAGACCACACGUUUACAUUAGGUUUUAUAUUUUUGUAACCUUUAACAUACGAAUACAGUACAGUACAUACAGAUAUAUAGCGUAUUAGUUUCCGUAAGCUUGCGUUGUUUCGAAAAUUUGUUUUUUAGUUUUAAAUGCUCUAGCCUAAGGACAGUAAUCUUAACGCGAAUUCUUUACCAAUAUGCACAUGGAAACCUAUGCAAUAAGUUAGUCAAAAAUGUAAAAAGGCCAAGCACCAGAAAAGUGAAAACACAAAAACCUACAAAAAACAAAAACGAAAAAAAAAAAAUACAAAAAACAGAUCGAAAAAUAUAACGAGAAAUGAGUGGAGAAUAUUGAGAAUAUUGAGAAUCAGUCGUCUAGUAUCUGUCGUUUUGCAAAGUGAAAAGAACUAUAUAACGUUAUAUAUUUUGCAUACGCAAAACACAUAAGAAAAUGGGAUAUCGUGAAAAACAAACCACACAAACAAAAAGUUGUAUUGUAUAUAAGGCAGGCUCUAUUUUUGCUAAAUGUUAUUUGAACUUGAACAAAUAGGGGAAAACAAUGAGUAAAGUAAUGGAAGCAAAGCAAAGCAAAGGCAAAGCGCUAGACAAACACACAAAAAACAACAUUAUAUAUUGUUCAAUAUUAUUAUUACCUUAUAUAUAUAUUGUAUGAUUGCUACAUAAAAUAAUUCUUUUGAUACUUUGUA